GAAUCUUGGAUUGGUGUCAUACAUCAUGUAUGUGGGGAACAYGAGUGGGAUGGUGGGGCAUGYGAUCAUGGUAAUGCACCAAACCAGGUGGAGGAGGAUAGGAGGACACUGGCAAAGAGUAGCAAGGCUGCUACUGAAUUGAGGAAGAUUAUUUUUGAUCCAAAGUGGCUAAAGAGCCUACAGUUCUAUGUAUUUUUUAGACACACCAGCAAUCUUGAAAACUUUCAUUCCAUGAUGCUUAAAUAUGUCCCCAAGAGGAUUGCAUUUUCGUAUGAGGCUUUCACAGGAAGAUCAAUCCUUGCUGCUCUAGACCACAAUUUUCACCUUUUUCGUGCAGAAAAGGAACGAUUUCACAAGUUAUAUUCUAAGCGCUCUGGAAAUUGGCGUGUGGAACCUGUUAAAGUUCCAAAGAAGUAUGAUUAUUUGGAAAGUCUUAUUUGUGAAAUUCUACAAAAAAGAGUAGAUGAUCCUCAUUCGAUUGGAAGACAUAUCUCCAUAGCUCCAACAAACCCAGUAAAUCUUGCCCAAAAUAUUGCAAUGAGGGAACCUCCAUCAACUUCAGACCUUAUUGAGACAAGGGCUGUCAGGAAAAAAGUGAAAUUAACAAAAAAAUGUAAUGUAAGCCAAUGUGAAUUGAUAGAGUGAUUUUCAUCAAAUUACUGGUAUAUGAACMUAUUGUUUCCUUUUGUUUGAUUUGGGUGUUUGCUGUAUUACUAUUUAGUAAAUAACUUUCAUGGGCUUAUAAAAAA